GCGGGCCGGGAGUCGGCCUCCUUGCCGAGUGGGCGUCCGGGAGGGGCGUUUUCCUGGGCUGCGGCGACUCCCCCUGGCGGCGGCCCGGCAGCGGGGUUGGCACGCGCUCAGGCGUUCUCCGAGGACAGCCGGCGGCGGGGCCUCGCCUGUGAGCGUGGGGUCCUCGGCGGCCGGGGCGGCUUGCUCCCGCUGCUGUCGUAGGCGAGGGCGCUGCUAGUGCAGCUGCUGUUGGAGCGCGGCGGCGGCGGCGGCGGCGGCGGCGGAGGAGGAGGGGGAGGAGGAGGCGGCGGCGGAGGCCGAGGCGGAGGCCGAGGGCGAGGCGGCCGGCGGGGAAAGGCGGCCGGCGCGGCGGCGACUGCGGCGGCUCCCGGGGCCCGGCGGCCGCGGGGCGGGGGGCGAAGAUGGCGGACGUGCUCAGCGUCCUGCGCCAGUACAACAUCCAGAAGAAGGAGAUUGUGGUCAAGGGAGACGAAGUCAUCUUCGGCGAGUUCUCCUGGCCCAAGAACGUGAAGACCAACUAUGUGGUUUGGGGAACUGGAAAAGAAGGCCAACCCAGAGAGUACUACACAUUGGAUUCCAUAUUAUUUCUACUUAAUAAUGUGCACCUUUCUCAUCCUGUUUAUGUCCGACGUGCAGCUACUGAAAAUAUUCCUGUGGUUAGAAGACCUGACAGAAAGGAUCUGCUGGGAUAUCUCAAUGGUGAAGCAUCAACAUCAGCAAGUAUAGACAGAAGUGCCCCUCUAGAAAUAGGUCUUCAGCGAUCUACUCAAGUCAAACGAGCUGCAGAUGAAGUUUUAGCAGAAGCAAAGAAACCACGAAUUGAGGAUGAGGAGUGUGUACGUCUUGACAAGGAGAGAUUGGCUGCUCGUUUGGAGGGUCAUAAAGAAGGAAUUGUACAGACUGAACAAAUCAGGUCUUUGUCUGAAGCAAUGUCCGUGGAAAAAAUUGCUGCGAUCAAAGCCAAAAUUAUGGCUAAGAAAAGAUCUACUAUCAAGACGGAUUUAGAUGAUGACAUAACUGCUCUUAAACAGAGGAGCUUUGUGGACGCUGAGGUAGAUGUGACCCGAGAUAUUGUCAGCAGAGAGAGAGUGUGGAGGACACGAACAACUAUCUUACAGAGCACAGGAAAGAAUUUUUCAAAAAAUAUUUUUGCCAUUCUUCAAUCUGUAAAAGCUAGAGAAGAAGGGCGGGCGCCUGAACAGCGGCCAGCGCCCAACGCGGCACCUGUGGAUCCCACAUUGCGAACUAAACAGCCUAUUCCAGCGGCCUAUAACAGAUAUGAUCAAGAAAGAUUCAAGGGAAAAGAAGAAACGGAAGGCUUUAAAAUUGACACUAUGGGCACCUACCAUGGCAUGACACUGAAAUCCGUAACGGAGGGUGCUUCAGCCCGGAAGACUCAGACUCCUGCAGCACAGCCAGUACCAAGACCAGUUUCUCAAGCAAGACCUCCUCCAAAUCAAAAGAAAGGUUCUCGUACACCUAUUAUCAUAAUUCCUGCAGCUACCACCUCUUUAAUAACCAUGCUUAAUGCAAAAGACCUUCUGCAGGACCUGAAAUUUGUCCCAUCAGAUGAAAAGAAGAAACAAGGCUGUCAGCGAGAAAAUGAGACUCUCAUUCAGAGAAGGAAAGACCAGACGCAGCCAGGUGGCACUGCAAUUAGUGUAACAGUACCUUAUAGAGUAGUAGACCAGCCGCUUAAACUUAUGCCUCAAGACUGGGAUCGAGUUGUAGCAGUUUUUGUGCAAGGUCCUGCGUGGCAAUUCAAAGGUUGGCCAUGGCUUUUGCCUGAUGGAUCGCCAGUUGAUAUUUUUGCUAAAAUUAAAGCCUUCCAUCUCAAGUAUGAUGAAGUCCGCCUAGAUCCAAAUGUUCAGAAAUGGGAUGUAACAGUGUUAGAGCUCAGCUAUCACAAGCGCCAUCUGGAUAGACCAGUUUUCCUACGGUUCUGGGAAACACUCGAUAGGUACAUGGUAAAGCAUAAAUCUCAUUUGCGAUUCUGAAUUACUUGGUUUCCCCUUUUUCUGGAAAUCUGGAUUAAGAAGCAUGGCUAUCCCUUGAUAAAAGACUGAGACUCAAGCUUUAUGAAUUUAUCAAGAACUUACAAAUGAAGAAGGUUACAGAUCAAUCUUUUUAUAAGACCUUAUUUGAUGCUUUAUGCUUCAAAGAGAUGAUGCCUGUCAUCCAUAUCAGCAAAGUUUUUGGCUUACAACUAUUUUUUUAAUAUUAGCCUUCUAGUCUGUAAUGGAAAUUGUAUAUUUUGAUAGAAGUUUUUUUUCAUUGGUUAAAUUAGUAUUACUUAAAUUUGUUUCUUUAGAAAAUAAAUACAGGUUAUACAUGUGUGUAUAUUUAGAGGUUAUAAGGCUCUCUAAGCCAUCUUGCUUCUGAUUUUUCAUUGCUCUACAAUUCCUUUUAUUGAAAAUACUGUUAUGAAUUGUAUUACAGUUUAGUCUCUGCAACUUCUAAAACCAAGUAAAGGGUAGGGACUAUUUUUGGUGAUUCAGAAUGUCAACUGUUAUGUAUAUCUAUACACUCUUUAUUUAAAAAAGAAUAAUGAAAAAUCAAAAACAUUUCUUCAGCUCUAGUUAAACUAUUUAGCCUAUCCAAGACUUCUUUUCUUGUACUGAAUACAUUUAAUGACUGUACAUUCAUCUCACUGACUUUGGUGAUUUUAAGCUUAGAAUGAUAUUUCUAUCUAUGAUUAUCUUUCCACUUGAAAAAUCUCAGAACACAGACUAAAAACCCCAAUAGGCUACAGUACUUUUUUUGUGGGAGCCAGAGGAAGAUUUGGGGGAAGGAAAUGUAUAGUCCUACUGCAGUGUAAAUUAGCUUCCUUAUUUUUUCUCAAGUCUACCUUUGAUUGUUAUUUUAUAUGGCAUAAGAUUUGGAGCCUUCCAUUUCUAGGCAUGUUGAUCUUGGGGAAUCUAAUCUAUUAUCCUUCAAUAUUGAUAAAUUCUCCCAGACACCAAAGAAAAUUAGCUUAACUAUGUGUCUGAAAAGAAACAAGAUUAAAACACUGGUAUUUUUGUGUGUGUUCAAUAUCAUAAAAUAUAAAACUUAUAUUUUAACUCAGUAAAAUAUUUUACUACUUCUCUAGACUAGACACAGUGUUGCAUCCAAGGUACAGAGAAUGAGCAUUCUCCUUGAGUUUCAAUUUUACUUUUUUAUUACUUAAAAGCAAUGGGACCCCUAUUCUUCUGAAGACUUUUACCAAUGGAAUUACUACUAAUCAAUCAUCUUAUUUAAUUUUUCCACUUUUGUUCAAUUAUCCUUCUUCAGUUAGUAUGUAUGUUUUAAACAUUUAGCUCCUUUUUAUGUUAAGUGAACAUUACCUGACCUUAUUGUUACAUUUAAUGCUAUUAUAAAGAUGAGAAACAAUUACUAUUUAUUUUUUAAAUAGCCAUGAAGUCCAUACCAUUAGUGAAACAAAGAGUAUUUAUUCAUAUGGAACUCACUAGGUUCUUCAAAAGGAUAGCAGUCAGCAUUUUUUAAUUAUUAGACUUAGGCUAUUUAUAAGGUCUGAAUAGAUUUUGCCCACAUUUCUUCAUCCUCUCUUAAAAGAAAACUCCAAUUUAUUCACAUUAAAAUUUCUUGACAUAUAAAUUUGUUUUCAAAAUAAAUUAUGUAUAAUGUGAACAUUUCUCCAUGAUGAAAUAGUCAAGGACUAGAAUCUGUGAUAUUUUAAUGUAAGAUUACAUGUUAAGACUACUAAGUGGAAAUGAACUACCUUUCUAUAAAGAUUUUUAGUAUUUA